AAUAAGCCACUCUGAGAGCUGCCUUCCACAGUCUCCUCAGUCUGUCUGCUGGGAGGAGCAAGCCAAGGGAGAUAGAUGAUGGAGCCCCAUGAAUACCGAGCUAGAGGGAAAGAGAUGGUGGAUUAUAUCUGCCAGUACCUGAGCACUGUGCGGGAGAGGCAGGUGACUCCAGAUGUGCAGCCUGGGUACCUGCGAGCCCAGCUACCUGUGAGUGCUCCAGAGGAACCCGAGAGCUGGGACAGCAUCUUUGGGGACAUUGAGCGGAUCAUCAUGCCUGGGGUAGUACACUGGCAGAGCCCCCACAUGCACGCCUACUAUCCGGCGCUUACCUCUUGGCCAUCCCUGCUAGGAGAUAUGCUGGCUGAUGCUAUUAACUGCUUAGGAUUCACAUGGGCUUCCAGUCCAGCAUGCACGGAGCUGGAGAUGAGCGUCAUGGAUUGGCUGGCGAAGAUGCUGGGGCUCCCUGAGCAUUUCUUACACCACCAUCCCAGCAGCCAGGGGGGAGGCAUCUUGCAGAGCACUGUCAGUGAAUCCACCUUGAUUGCCCUGCUGGCUGCAAGGAAGAACAAAAUCCUAGAAAUGAAACUGUCAGAGCCCGACGCUGAUGAGUCCUCUCUGAAUGCUCGUCUCGUUGCCUAUGCCUCUGACCAGGCUCACUCCUCAGUGGAGAAGGCUGGCUUGAUUUCCCUCGUGAAGAUGAAAUUUCUGCCUGUGGAUGACAACUUCUCACUCCGAGGAGAAGCUCUUCAGAGAGCCAUUGAGGAAGACAAGAAGCAGGGUUUGGUGCCUGUCUUUGUCUGUGCAACUUUAGGGACCACUGGGGUCUGUGCAUUUGACAGGCUGUCAGAGCUGGGCCCCAUCUGUGCCAGUGAGGGUCUAUGGCUCCAUGUCGAUGCUGCUUAUGCUGGGACAGCCUUUCUGUGCCCUGAGCUCCGGGGAUUCCUGGAGGGUAUUGAGUAUGCCGACUCGUUCACCUUUAAUCCUUCCAAGUGGAUGAUGGUACACUUUGACUGUACUGGGUUCUGGGUCAAGGACAAGUACAAGCUGCAGCAGACCUUCAGUGUGAACCCCGUCUACCUCAGACACGCCAACUCUGGAGUGGCCACAGACUUCAUGCACUGGCAGAUCCCCCUGAGUCGGCGCUUUCGCUCCAUUAAGCUCUGGUUCGUGAUUCGGUCCUUCGGGGUGAAGAAUCUUCAAGCACAUGUCAGACACGGUACAGAAAUGGCUAAAUACUUUGAAUCUCUGGUCAGAAAUGACCCUUUCUUUGAAAUCCCUGCUAAGAGGCACCUUGGUUUGGUGGUUUUCCGUCUGAAGGGUCCCAAUUGUCUCACAGAAAGUGUGUUAAAGGAAAUAGCCAAAGAUGGCCAGCUCUUCCUUAUCCCAGCCACUAUCCAUGACAAGCUGAUCAUCCGUUUCACGGUGACAUCCCAGUUUACCACCAAGGAGGAUAUCCUGAGAGAUUGGCACCUCAUCCGAGAUGCUGCCACCCUCGUUCUGAGCCAGCACUGCACUUCCCAGCCCAGCCCUAGGGCCAAGAACCUCAUCCUGCCCACCAGAGGCUCCAGGGACCUGCCCAGUGGGCUAUCCCCGGAUUCUGUCAACAAGGGAGGAGAUGACCCGGCUCAGGCCCGGAAGAUCAUCAAACAGCCCCAGCCGCUGGGGGCCAGUCUGGUGAGUAGGGAAGGUGCCUGUGAUCUUGAGACCCUGCUGGAUCCACUUGAUGACUGCUUCUCCGAAGAGGCCCCAGAUUCUACGAAGCACAAGCUGUCAUCUUUUCUGUUCAGUUACUUGUCGGUACGGAACAAGAAGAAGAAAGUGCGAUCCCUCAGCUGCAACAGUGUGCCGGUGAGCGCUCAGAAGUCACUCCCUGGGGAUGGAUCAGUGAAGAGUGGGGGCUCCUUCCGGGCCAGACUCUUUUCUAGGUUUCCAGAAGAAAUGAUGAUGAUGAAGAAAAGCGCCUUCAAAAAGCUGAUCAAAUUCUACAGCGUCCCCAGCUUCCCUGACUGCAGCUCUCAGUGCGCCCUGCAGCUGCCCUGCUGCCCUCUGCAGGCCAUGGUGUAGAGUCUUCAGUCAGAGCGCAAGGCUGUGUGUGCUUCCCGGAAUUCCUGAACCCCUCAAAACUGUGUGCAGUUUGUGUGCUUAUGUGUGCGUAUGCAUCUUGAGGGGCGCAAGUCCAUAUUUUGAUCAUAGCCUCAUGGGGGUUCAUGACUCACAAUGUACUGUAACUGGGGAGUUUCAGCCCGAAUGCUCCAGAGUAUUGCAGCGGCCUGUCAGACAGAAGGGGCUGAGAGGGUGGUGUCCUAACUGUUAAGCUUGUAACAUGAAAUGUAACCAGAAAUAAAUUGUGCUUAUAUCUGAAAUAAA